AUGUCUCACCUCUUUUUCGCGGAUGAUUCUUUAGUUUUCUUUAAGGCUACUCCAGAGGCUUGUGCAGGUGUAAAAAGCAUCCUCGCUCAGUUCAGCAGACUGUCGGGCGAGGUGAUUAACUAUAGUAAAUCACACAUUAUGUUCAGUCCCAAUUACACACCAUCUCGUUUCAAGAGGUUUAUGAGAAGCAUCAUUGGCACCCCCUCGGAAGAGUCUCUAGGCAAAUACUUGGGAUGCAACAUUGAAGUGGAUGGUAGAAGUUCCAGGAAGUUUCACCCUCUGGUAGAGAAAGUGGAGAGAAAAGUUUCUAGCUGGCAUCAUCUUUCCUUGUCUCAUGCAGGAAGAGUCUUAUUCAUCAACAACAUCCUUUCCAUGCUCAGUCUCAACAUUCUAAGCGUCUUCCUCAUUCCCAAAAUAGUGGCAGACAAGUUAAACUCAAUCUUUGUGAGGUUCCUUUGGGCUAACUCUCGUAACUCAAAGCCCAUUUUUUGGAAAAGCAGGAAGAUCACAGAACUCCCAAAGGGUGGAGGGGGGCUGGGGAUAAGAAAUGUUCACCUAUUCAAUAAAGCCAUUCUUGCAAAGCAAGCUAUAAGGAUUCAUAACUCUGAUCAGUCUCUGAUAUCUCAAGUUUUCAUCGCCAAGUAUAAAUCGUCCCCAAUCAAUAUAGUUCUACAAAACAAGAAGUUAGGAAGAGUCUCUUGGGGCUUCAGGGGUCUUUGCAGAGCAAUGCAAGAUUGUCGGGACGGUUUUACAAAGCAAAUAGGAAAUGGAGCCGAUACGAGCAUUGAAUUCGAUAAAUGGCUUAGAGAAGGCCCAGUUGCAGUAAGAUCGGGACUAAACCUGUCUAACAUGGGAAUUCACAAAGUCAAAGAUCUAAUGAAGUCUCCCCAGAAAACGUGGAACUCUCCACUCAUCUGGAGAUGCUUCUCCUCAGAAUCAGCUAUUAGGAUCCUCUCCACUCAUGUCCCUAAUGAAGAUCAGCAGGAUAGAUACGUCUGGAGCGAAUCCAAGUCUGGAGUUCCCAAGGUUAAGGAUGUUUACGCAUUUUUCUUGAAAUCCAAGGGAGCCUUAAAUAUCCCUCAGGAGGAUAGACAAUUCUGGAAUAGGCUCUGGGCUUCCGACCUCAAACCCAAAUGGAAAUUUUUCAUGUGGAGGUUACUGAAUAAGGCCCUUCCCACAAGCUCUAAUUUGCUGAAGAGGAACAUCCAAGUCCAAGAAGUCUGCCCAAUAUUAUUUUGGAAAGAAGAUGGAAUCAAGUCGCCUCGCACAGCAGAAUUCACCACAACCCUCUGGGCUAUUUGGCUUCACAGAAAUAACAUAGUCUUUAGAAAUGAAGCUGUUAAUCCCUUGGCUAUUGUAGAAAUCAAGACACUCCUUCUGAAGGAAUUGGAAGAAAGCUCCAGGAUUAAGGAAAGAAACUCUUCACUCUCUCCCAUUAAUGCCAAAAUCGAAGGCCAAGAGCACAAUUUGCUGGACAAUCAUCAUAACGAUGUAUGCGUAAUCCUAGUUGAUGGUGCUUGGAAGCGUCGUAAACAAAAUCACCCAAGAGCGGGUAUUGGCUGGUCAGCUCACGUCAACAAUAACAAAAUCUUCGAAGGAAAUGAUGUGGUAUUUGCAAUAUCAUCUUUGCAAACGGAAGCACACGCGAUUAUGCGCGGGUUACGUGAAGCAUCUACCAAGGGCAUCAAUCGUGUUCACAUUUAUUCCGAUAACAAAGAACUCGUUCAGGCUCUUCACAAACGACAAUAUCCUUUUGAAGUGGCAUCUCUAGCACAUGAUAUUCAUGCACUCAGUAAUAAAUUCAUUAGCUGUAAAAUUCAUAAUAUGGGUAGAGAAGUAGUAAACCCCGCCCACGUACUGGCUACUGCUGCUAGACUAGGUAAAAUUGUCUCUUAG